UUGUUUUCAUCGCACAAUCAAACCCCGCGCAAGAUCAUACACCUCACAAACAGAAACAGAGAGCUCCCCUGUCUUCAAAAAGUCUCUACCAUUUUCUUCAUUUUCUUCUCGCAAGCAAUUUCUGCUGCAGCCAUGGCCGACAACAACCAUGGUGAUGUGAAACUAAUCGGCACUUGGCCGAGUCCAUUCUCGAUGCGUCCCAGGAUCGCCCUCAACGUUAAAUCCGUUGAGUACGAGUUCGUCCAGGAGCAGGAGCAACUCUGUUCCAAGAGCGAGCUCCUCUUCAAAUCCAACCCUGUCCACAAGAAAGUCCCCGUCCUUAUACACAUCGGCAAACCCAUCUGCGAAUCCAACAUCAUCGUCGAGUACAUUGAUGAGGUCUGGCCCUCCGGCCCUUCCAUCCUCCCCGCCGACGCCCACGAUCGCGCCGUCGCACGCUUCUGGGCUGCCUAUGUCGACGAAAAGUGCUUCCCGAACUUGAGGGCGGCGGUAACUGCGGCGAGUGAGGAGGAGAAGAACAGGGCUGCGGAUCAGCUAAAGGAAGUUAUAGCACGUAUGGAAGGAGCGUAUGGAGAGGUGAGCAGAGGGAAGGAUUUCUUCGGCGGGGACAAGAUCGGGUUUGUGGACAUUGCGUUUGGGAGCAUGUUGGGGUGGGUGAGAGCCGUGCAGGUGAUGCUGGGAGGAGUGAAGCUUCUCGACGAGGAGAAGACGCCUGGUUUGGUGAAAUGGGCUGACAAGUUCUCGGCCGAUCUGGCUGUCAAGGACGUGCUGCCUGAAACCGGCAAGCUGAUCAAGUUUUCCAAGCUCCUCAUUGCCGCAAUCAGAGCUGCAGCAGUCGAGGAUUAGAGGAUAGAUUAUGUGUAUGGGCUUUAUGUUGUUUUCUUGUAUCCCUGUUUCUUCAGCUUUAUGUUUAUUUGAGGGACUUGGGAGCUAUCCCCUUAUGCUUUACUCUAUUUUGUCAUAGGCAAUAACAAUUGGGAGAAAUUUGGCAGCAACCCGGGUUGCAGUCUGUAGCUGCUGCCAGGCCACACGGCGAUUAGUGAUUGGUUCAAAAAUAAAUUUCCAUUACUUGUUAAUUAUUGUAACCGAAGUCGGAUGGAAACAUGGAGUAGGGGACGGAACGGAGAUAAGCCUCCGUUAUUAUUUUUUCCCCAAUUUGGAUUAACUCUAAAGUGCAGCAGUUUACAAAAAUAAUAUGUUUGCCUUAAU